AUGCUCAGCAGAGGUCCCACUACUGAUCCGCAGGACCAGUAUGUCUUGCUCGAGCGAAUCGGCCGCGGAUCCUUCGGUGAUGUCUACAAGGGGGUUCACCGCGACUCGGGCCGACUCGUAGCUGUGAAGAUUGUGGAUUUUGAAGAAUCCGAUGACGACAUCAGAGAAAUCAUGCAGGAGAUUGCGAUUCUCUCGACCCUCAAGUCCAAAUGGAUCACAAAGUACCAUGGCUCAUAUGUCACCGGCACCAAGUUGUGGAUCAUCAUGGAGUAUUGCUCGGGUGGAUCGUGUCUCGAUGUGCUGCGUGCAGGCGUUUUCGCCGAGCAUGAGGUCGCCCAGAUCCUGAAGGGACUCUUGCACGGCCUCGAGUAUCUCCACGGCCUGGGCAAGAUCCACCGCGAUAUCAAGGCAGCAAAUAUCCUCCUGACAGAGGAAGGCGAGGUGAAACUUGCUGAUUUCGGCGUUUCAGCACAGAUAACUGCAACCAUCACAAAAAAGAACACAUUUGUCGGCACUCCGUACUGGAUGGCCCCGGAGGUGAUCCUGCGAUCGGCAUAUAAUAUGAAGGCCGACAUAUGGUCUCUGGGCAUCACUGCGAUCGAGCUCGCAACAGGACUUCCUCCGCACUCCAAUCUCCAUCCGAUGAGAGUGCUCUUCAUCAUACCCCAAAACGAGCCUCCUGGAAUCAGCCCCGAGUACUCAAGCUCGUUUCGCGACUUUGUAUCCAAGUGUCUUGGGAAGCGACCGAACCAGAGACCCACAGCCCGCGAGUUGCUUGACCAUCCCUUCGUCCGAGACAUUGACGGACAGGCGGCCCUCCGAAACGCAAUUCGACGCCACCGAGAAUGGCAGAAAGAGUCCGGCCCCGAAGACUCGGCACGGCCGCUGCCGAUCAGGUGA